UGAAUGGCAAGGAGGCGAGUCGCUCUCUGCUCCCCUUGCUGGGGUGGAGCCCUGCACAGCCCUCAGGAGCCCGGGGCUGCCCUGGCCCAGGCCCGCCACCGCCACCGUGCAGCCUUCCCCCUGCGCUGAAGCAGCCUCCCUACCGCCCUGUGCCCUGAGAGGGACAGGCAGAGCCUUCCACGACCAUGGUGGCAAUGACCCCCUCAGAGGUGCCGCCCACCACAGCGGUGAAGUUCCUGGGGGCGGGCACGGCCGCCUGCUUUGCUGACCUCCUCACCUUCCCGCUGGACACAGCCAAGGUCCGCCUGCAGAUCCAGGGGGAGAACCCGGCGGCGCGGAGCGCGCAGUACCGCGGCGUGCUGGGCACGAUCGUGACCAUGGUGCGCACCGAGGGCCCCCGCAGCCCCUACAACGGGCUGGUGGCGGGCCUGCAGCGCCAGAUGAGCUUCGCCUCCAUCCGCAUCGGCCUCUACGACUCGGUCAAGCAGCUCUACACCCCCAAAGGAUCGGACCACUGCGGCAUCACCACCCGCAUCCUGGCCGGCUGCACCACGGGCGCCCUGGCGGUCACCUGCGCGCAACCCACCGACGUGGUGAAGGUGCGGUUCCAGGCCAGCGUGCAGCAGGGGCCCGGAAGCCCUCGGAAGUACAGUGGGACGAUGGACGCCUACAGGACCAUCGCCCGAGAAGAGGGGCUCCGGGGCCUGUGGAAAGGAACUAUGCCCAACAUCACGAGGAACGCCAUUGUCAACUGUGCCGAGAUGGUGACCUACGACAUCAUCAAGGAGAAGCUGUUAGAGUAUGGACUGCUCACCGACAACUUCCCCUGCCACUUUGUCUCCGCCUUUGGAGCCGGCUUCUGUGCCACGGUGGUGGCAUCCCCGGUGGACGUGGUGAAGACCCGGUAUAUGAACUCACCCCCAGGCCAGUACCGCAGCCCCCUGGACUGUAUGACGAAGAUGGUGGCCCAGGAGGGCCCCACAGCCUUCUAUAAAGGGUUCACACCCUCCUUUUUGCGUUUGGGGGCCUGGAAUGUGGUGAUGUUCGUCACCUUCGAGCAGCUGAAACGGGCCCUGAUGAAAGUUCAGAUGUUACGGGAAUCUCCGUUUUGAAAAAGGCCAGCGUAGACAGCUGAGAACAGACUGAGGCAGCAGGAAGGCCCCUCUGAGAGGACAGACCAACGCCCUUUGGGGAGCUGAAUCCUGGCUGCUGGCUCAGGAAACUCGAAAAGAAGAAGGAUCCAGUCUUCAGUGCUGUCUUAAGAACACCUCUGUGUUUUGCACUGACAAGAAGGAAAAUAAAUUAUGUUAAUUUUUUUUAACCCUCUAGGUUGGAUGCCUAACAUUUAGGCACAAGGAAAUCAGCCAAGACAGAUCCACAUGGAUAAAAUCAAUGGACAUUUACAAAUCUAGCUCCCUGAAAAAAAAAAUCGGAUUAGAUGAUGGGUUAUAAAGAGGAAAGUGUGGGUCACCAGCAGUGACCCCAGACACCCGUGGUGACCCGCUAAACUGUCUACAGAGACACAUUCCAGGACAGCUCCCCAGUGUCCUGUGGAUCAUUGGUCCUGAGCCCAGUGUGUGCACAGCCCAAUGGAUUCUGGGAAAUGUGAGACAAGACAAGAGGAACCCUUGAACCUACACCCCGAAAGUGCCACUGGGCCCUGUAGCGGGCACUCUAAUGUUCCCUAGUGACCCUGAGCGUCCGAAGCAGCCUCACCCACUUUCCUGUGAAAUGGGGCAAGCCCCACUAUCACCUCCAUGGAAGUGUUAAA